GUCUUCCGCAGAACACAGGCCAUUGGUGCAACCUGGAAGGAUCUUGCUGCACCAUUGUUCAUCUGAUAAGAUAAUGAUGUCUUCUUACCCCCACUGCUGGUUGGCCAUCGUAUCAACCAGUUAAAUUCCCCGAUAUCAUGUCCUCGGUUCCCGAAACGGUUACAACGCCGCAUAUCAACACGGCUGGCUGGCAUGGGGAACGUUGGGCUCGGGUAAUAUCAUCAGGUGGCACAGCCAAGUAUGAGGAGCUUAUCACUACCGGACGAACUCAGACAUCUGCAACACCGCCCUCUUCACUCUUUGCGGUCAGACUUUGGAGCUUAACGAAGCUUGACUUCAACCAUGGGUUUGAGGAAGAGAUUAACAAGCGUUGAUCAGAAGAUCCGCCUCAAAGGCAAUGAUGAGGAACAUGAGCAGACCGAUGCGUGGAGUAAUCGCGAUUUGAUACCUCUGCCGCCGAGUCGAAGGACGUGGGGAUGGUUCAACUUCUUUGGGUUUUGGGCGAUCGCGUCUUUGAAUCUGUCGAACUGGCAGACACCCAACACCUACCUAACCAUGGGCCUUUCAGUGCCACAAGCUAUGCUUGUCAUUGUUAUCAGUAGACUACUCAUUGCUCUAUUCUCAGCUGUGAUAGCCUGGAUCGGAUUGAAAUGGCACAUUGGCUUCACCGUACAAAAUCGGUAUAGCUGGGGCAUGAAAGGGAGUUUUAUUCCGCUGUCUCAGAGGAUAUUACUCAACUUCAUUUGGAACGCCGUUCAAUGUUGGAACGGCGGCCGCCUUGUCGCAGUAUGUUUAACAGCAAUAUGGCCAUCUUUUGCGCAAAUCAAGAAUACCUUUGGUCCCAAUAUGCCUACGACGACUGAUCAAUUUGUCGGGUUUGUAGUGUUUUGGUUCCUCUCGACGCCAUUCCUCUGGCUAAGACCCGAAAACUUCAAGGUCCCUUUCCUAAUCGUUUGUGUCUGGUGUGGUGUCGGAAUGCUUGCAUGGAUGAUAUGGGCAUUAUCAGUUGCGAAAGGUGUCGGUCCACUCUGGAAUUCUGGACAGACAAUCCCCACUGGUUCUCCGUUCGGUACCUCAUGGCUCAUCAUGGCAGGCAUCAAUCAAGGUAUAGGAAGUUUGGCUGCUGGCAUUACGAACGGAUCCGACUUCUCACGUUAUUCGCGCUCUCGCAGAUCCUACAUAUAUGGGACCAUCAGCAGCUGCGUCGUAACAGGCGUGCUCGUGUCCCUCAUUGGCCUCGUCACUGCAUCGGCUGCCCAGAAGAUAUAUGGCGAGGUCUACUGGAACCCACCGGACUUAUUGAUGCGGAUGAUGGACAGUGGCCGCGGUUCGUCGAAGGCUCGGGCGGGUGUAUUCUUUCUGUCUGCGGGCUUUGCGUUCACCGCAAUGUUUGAAAACAUAUGUGGCAACUCGAUCGCUGGCGGUAUCGACCUGGCAGGUCUUUUCCCCCGUUACAUCGAUAUCAGACGCGGAGCCAUCAUUACAUUCGUCGCUGCAUGGGUCGUUCAACCAUGGCAGCUCAUCAAUAAGGCGACGACGUUUAUCGCUGUCCUCUCAUCGUUCUCCGUCUUUCUAGCGCCUCUUAUUGGUAUAAUGGCAUGCGAUUACUAUAUGCUUAGAAAAAGGAGGAUUCGGUUGAGCCAUCUUUACAGAACGCAUGACUCGUCUUACUACUUCUGGAAGGGCGUUAACUGGAGGGCAAUACCUGCCUGGAUCUGUGGAUGGGCGCCUACGAUUGGAGGCCUUGUUGUGACUGUUCGAAGAGACCUCAACCCGCCGAAGGCGUUAGUUCAGUUAUAUUACACGGCCUUUCUGAUCGGCUUCUUCAUAAGUGCUCUCGUGUUCUACGCCCUGAAUAUCUUAUUUCCAGUACAAAAAAUGGACCAGAUUGAUGAUGUGGAUAUAUAUGGCACUUUCACAGAAGCCGAGGCAAAGAGGGUCGGCGUUGCUCCUUUUGAAGAACUUCCGAUCAAUGGACUAGCCGCUGGACGCAAAUCAUCGGAGAAAACUGUCGUCGUUCAGGAUGGGAAGGGUGUGUGAGUGACAAGUAACCCUCUGUCGCAUCUGGGCCCAAGACGACAUGCGUUAGACAUAAUCUCUGCAUGACGAAUAAAAAGAUUUGUAUCUAUUGCUGGGCAGCUAAGAGGCAUUGUGACCACACCCAUUAGGAAGGUGGAAUUAGGACUGGUUGAGCCUCCAUAUGUCUCUGUGACCAACUAAUCAAACAGUCGAGUCUAUCUCUGCGUGACUCGUCUGGUG